AAGUGCUGACGCUCACAUGUAUUCCGUUCAAUUUGAAUAUUCCGGCUCCUUAAAUUGACAAAAUUCAAAACAAAUUAAACUAUGGAAUGAUGAGGAUACACCGGUUGCUGAUGAACAAGUGCACCCGCUACGGUCAUGUGCUGCGGCAUUCGAUGCGGGUUCCCAGGGGACAUCACCUGAGUGCUCCCCUCCAGGUGCGCCAUGGCUCCCAGGAGCCUCGAAAGGCUGUGCCUAUGGUGCAAAUAAGCCCCGGUAAAAAACUGGACAUCGAGGUGGACUUUUUUCUGGCCAAGGACAAGCCGCAACAAGUGUCCCUGCCCACAAUGAUAUACUUCUACAGCCCACUGAGCCGACUGACCACCAUGUUGGCCCUCCUGCGGCUGAAGCUCCUUUGGGACUGGGACUUCUCCGAGCAGAAGUUCAUCGAGAAUUCGCGCCAGGCAGCCGCCGUUUUCACGGACUUCGUAAGGCGUCGCCGCAACCGGAAUGUGGAGCGAUGCAGUACGCCCAUGGGCUUCAAGCAGAUCAAGCACGAUCUACUGGACGAUCCGCCCGACUGGAGGCUCAAAAUGAUGCGCUUCGAGAAGGAGCACUUCAGGCGGGCCAUUCCACUCAAGGUGCAGCUGCUGCGGCACUACGACCAUCGGUUCGCCUUCCUGGACGUGGUCUUUGUGGCCCUGCGGAGAUCCAACGACUUCCGGUCGCGGACGGAACUCAGUGAGAUGACGGAGCUGCUGAAGGAGUAUAUAGAUCCCGCUCAGUUAAGGGUGCCACAUCCCCUGAUCUUCGCCGAGGUGUUCAUACGCUUCCGGCGCGACUAUUCCGUGGAAGCCUCCAAAUUGGGCAAUGUGCGGGACAACAAUCGCUGCAUGGGCCAGUGGCUCGUCUCCACGUACAAGGUGGUGCGCUUCGACAUCCUCAACCAGCACCCGCUGUUCGACAUUCCCGAGUUCGAGGAGUGGAUGCCUCCGGUGCUGCCCAGAAUGGGUCGCAGCUUUGGGUAGUUUGCGUCUAGCAGCUGUGUCAUUUUAUUGGGUCAUUUACUUGGAGAGAACUCCUCGUGCUGUAAGAUUCUGGUAUGCUAUUGUAAAAUUAUUGGGUAAGCCCCUCUCCAUUCGGACUAAGAUGUAAUUAACUUACGGGGAAUCUACACACAAUAAAAUCCGUUUAUGUGAUACUCCCAA